UGAACUCUGAGCUAACACCUAGCUAAACCGACGUUCAAGGAAGACAGAGUCGUAGUACUUUUCUUUCCAUUUACUUUACUUUUUCCUCCUUUAACGUGCAUUGUGGUAAAAACUGAAAACAAAGACAAUACAAACACUUAAGCUACAUUCACAAACAGAGUGAUAACAUAAAUUGCCAUUGUCAAAGCACUCACGACAUUGCCUCUUUGGUGCUUCUCGGUGAAGCAUGCUGUCCUCUGCUGCUGCUCAACCCGAAGUGCUAAAACCGGCCACUAUUUAACUAGUGGAACCGGAAGUGGUCAAACCGGAAGUGGCCAAACCGGAAACAAACACAUUAUAUUUAUAUUAAUUAUCUUUGGAAAUUAAUACAAGAUCUAAACAAAAUAGAAAAGGCCUUAAGGAAACACAAUAACAGAGCAGUUACAUCAGUUAUGCUUUGGCAAAAUCACUGCUGUGGUCCUUUAAGCAAGACAAUGUAACUUUUGCAAUGAUCGUAAUGUUUACUGGGAAAAUGCUAAGGUGUAAAAACUAUAGGUGUUAUAAGUCAUUAAAUUAAUUCAGUUAUGACCAUUAUAUACAUCUUAAGUUGGCUAACAUUAGCCACCAGAAGCUACUGAUCAUACCAGACCAAAAAAACAAAACCUGGUAUUAUUGAAUAGAGCAUGGAUGCAUUGUAUUGCUUAUCAACAUUGUUGUUUGUCAAUGGGAGCAUGUGUUAUUUUAUCUAUACAAAUAUUACAUGGCUUUGCUUUAACAGAAAUGUGAGCUAUUAAAUACCAAUAAAAGCAUGUGUGCUAUUGCUUGAGGCUUAUUAGGAUAGACCUGCCUGGAAAGAUCACAUUUUCUCUCCAACAAAAUUCCUUUAUAUACUUAAUAAGCACUAUAUGAAUUCAAAGUAUUAUUAUUAUUAUCAACAGCUGUAAGGGUUACAGGUACUUGAACCCAAAAGCACGACUCGGAAACAGGAAUGCAAGAGGAGGAUCUUUACUUGUCAAUUCAGGCAGGGUCAAAACCAGGUGGUCCAUCCAAUAGGGCAACAAAUCCAAAAGGGGCAGGCAAAGAAUCGGAGGUCAGAACAGGCAGGUCAGGAGUAAUAUUUUGAGUCUACUGGAGAGUUUGUCAGUGACACACAUGACAAUCUGGCCGAGGACACGUGGAAGUGAGGGAGCUAAAUAGUAAGGGACUAAUGAGGGGAUGGGCUGCAGGUGAGAAGUGCGUGAGGACCAGGUGAGGAUGACAGGAUCUGGAAUGACAGGAGAGUUAAUUAAGCAUCCAGGAUGAAUAUAACUAUGAAGGUGGAGAAGUCAUGACAACUGCAUUUUGCAACAUUUUACCGGCAUGCAUCUACAGCCGCAAUGUUAUUCAGGACGGCAUCUUUCUCCCCUCCAUUAGCGUGUUGCUCCUCUUUCUUAAAUGAUUCAUGAUUAUACAUUUGUCUCUGUGUUUCCUGUCAUUAGUGAAUUUCUUUCCAUUAUGCUUUAACUGCAUGUCUUCUGAACGUUUUCAUAACGAAACCUCCAAAUGUUCAUCCAGACGUAAUGCUCGCGAAUUGUUGUGAUUACAAGUUCUUUUUCUGUGUUAGUUUCAGAUUUCAUGCUCGCUCUCAGCUGUGUUUGACAUUUAAGUCUCUUCCGUUUGUGUGGAGGGGAGCUCCCUUGACAAACCAGUUAAUUUUACCUCAAUAUGUUUUUUUGGUUUAUUGCCACAUUUUAAACACCAUUGUAGUGCUUUGAGCUGAACUAAACCAAAUAUAUCUGGUAUUUUAUCAAUUAAAUAUGGGCCAGUGAGUAUAUGGAAAGAUAAUUUAGGUGCAGAGAAUCCCGAGUGUUUAAGUACCAUGUGUACUGUUAUCCUGACUUAAUUUCUUCCAGACUUUUGGCCCAGUUUUUAGUGGCUAGUCACAUGUUACGGGUGGUGAGAGAUUUAAAAUAAAGACACACAAUUGUUAAUUCUUGGCAGAGAAGGUGCAUUUCAGAGCAAAUAAAUGUAUCCAACACACACAUCAACGACGGACUGUGGGUUUAUAAACACAGACCAACGUGAUAUAUAAUGGUGGUUAGGCAUGAAAACCUAUUAGAAAUAUAAUUAUUAUAUUUUUAUUAUAAUUAUAAGAGAGAAAAGAUAUUUCUACAUAUGUACAGUGUUGAUUCUCUGGUUGCUGUCUUCUUUCUGCUUCACUCUGAGUGUAAUCAUGGAUUCUACAGAGUGAGUUGGGAGAUGCUAUCUUUUGCUUAAAGCCAUGCUUUUAUGUUCUACAAAGAGGCCGGCUACUAUGCACCCACCUUCUCUUUUCUAUCCGUCUAUGUCUCACUGUUUCUCUCGCUUGUGCACAGGCAGGCAGUUAGUGCAGAAGCAGAACCAUGUCCACCCCCACAAACCCAGAGGUAAAGGAACUGAACCCUGUCGACUUUAUCCAGCUACAGCAGUACAUUGAAUACUGCAGCUUGAGGGUGAAAGACGUACUGAGGGAAUUUGAUGCAGAUGGCCGUCUGGCCCGGCACAGACAUGGAGAGUGCAUCGAUGAAGAAGGCUUCCGUCUGUUCCUGAAGACUUAUUUGGAAGUGGAGGACUUCCCUGUGGAUCUCUGCCAGCGACUCUUUUGCUCAUUCCAAAACUCUGAACCCACCCAGGAAGACAGUGCCAAGGAGGUCUUUCUGAAGGAUGUUUCAUGUUACUUCUCUCUGCUGGAGGACGGCCAGCCUCGGGAUAAGCUUGAGUUUGCUUUCAAGCUCUAUGACCGAGACGGGAACGGAGUCCUCGACAGCUCUGAAGUGGAUAGGAUUAUUGCUCAGAUGAUGCAUGCUGCAGAAUACCUCGGAUGGGAUGUGUCCGAGCUGAGGCCGGUUCUGAAGGACAUGAUGACAGCAAUUGAUGCUGACAGCAGCGGUACAGUGUCUCUGGAGGAGUGGGUGGAGGGAGGCAUGAACAACGUUCCCUUGCUGGUCCUGUUGGGUCUUAAGAUGACUCAAAAGGACGGGCAGCACCUUUGGAGGAUGAAACAUUUCAAUAAGCCUGUUUACUGCAAUGUGUGCCAGAGCAUGCUGCUGGGUCUAAGGAAACAAGGACUCUGCUGCACCUGCUGCAAAUACACAGUCCACGGGCGCUGUGCGAACAGGAACCCCGCCCCUUGUACCAGGACCUAUGUGAAGUCAAAGAAAGAAACCGGGGUUCCAGCCCACGACUGGGUGAGUGGGAACUGUGACUCGAGGAAGUGUGAAAAAUGCCAGAAGAAGAUCAAGAGCUAUCAGGGCCUGACGGGCAAGCACUGUGUUUGGUGCCACACGAUGCGUCAUGAUGCAUGUGUAGACCAGGAGCCAACCGAAUGUACCUGUGGACCCCUCAGAGACCAUAUCCUGCCUCCAUGGGCGAUAUAUCCUGUUAUGAAGGAGAGACAAAACAAUGUAAAAAAUGGCUGCUCUGGAUCAACAGAUGACAGUGAGCUCAACACUACUCCUGAUGGACAAGUGCUUCAGAUCAGCCCUGUGCCAAACACCCACCCUCUUCUAGUGUUUGUGAACCCUAAAAGUGGUGGCAAGCAGGGAGAAAGAGUCCUGCAUAAAUUUCAGUAUUUACUGAAUCCACGGCAGGUAUACAACCUUUGCAAUGGUGGACCUGGACCAGGACUGAGUUUCUUCAGAAAUCUGGAGGACUACAGGAUCUUGGUGUGCGGGGGAGACGGCACAGUGGGCUGGAUUCUAGACGCAAUAGACAAAGCCAAUCUGCUGGUACGACCACCUGUUGCUGUGCUUCCUCUGGGCACAGGAAAUGACCUUGCACGAUGUCUGCGAUGGGGCGGAGGAUACGACGGAGAGGAUCUGAGUCGUAUUCUUAAAGACAUCGAGGGGAGCUCUGAGGUGCUGAUGGACCGCUGGAGUGUGCAGGUCAUCCCAGAUGAGAAUCAGGAGAAGGGCGACCCAGUGCCCUAUGAAUUCAUCAACAACUACUUCUCUAUCGGAGUGGAUGCCUCUAUCGCCCACCGUUUUCACACAAUGAGGGAGAAACAUCCCCAGAAAUUUAACAGCAGAAUGAAGAACAAGCUGUGGUAUUUUGAAUUUGCCACUUCAGAAACCAUCUCUGCUUCCUGCAAGAAACUGCACGAAAGUCUAACAAUUGAGUGCUCUGGUACUCCACUGGACCUCAGUAGCCUGUCUCUAGAAGGCAUCGCUGUCCUAAACAUUCCCAGCAUGCACGGUGGCUCUAACCUAUGGGGUGAGACCAAAAAGGGAGACACAAAGGGAAUGGCGAGUCAGGAAGAGCCCGAGGUGGUUGUCGACCCAGAAAUCCUGAAAGUGACCUCCCAAGACCUCGGUGACCGUCGAUUAGAAGUGGUCGGCCUUGAAGGAGCCAUGGAGAUGGGACAGAUAUACACGGGUCUUAAGAGUGCUGUGAGGCUUGCAAAAACAUCGCAGAUCACCAUCAGGGUGAAGAAAGCAUUACCGAUGCAGAUAGAUGGAGAACCGUGGAUGCAGCCUCCCUGCACGAUUCACAUCACACACAAGAAUCAAGCCAGUAUGUUGGUGGCUGCACAGGCCAAAUCAUCUGGUUUUUUCAACUACAAAUAAACAGCAUGUGCAGCCACGCACACUCGUUUUUUGUAAAUAGAGUACUGACACAUUUUUUUGGAAAAUAUUAAAUCAGUUAUAAUGUGUAUGUUGUAGAAUAAACACACUGUAACAGUCAAAGUUAGAAUAACUGCAUCUCUGUAACACAUAACCGAAGCAUGGCAAUGUAUGAAUACAACCGUAUGGUAAGAAAUGUUUGCAUCGUGGCAAAAUUAUUUUCACCAAAUGUAUUCUGUGUUUUUUUCCAAUACCCGACUCUUUCUACUUCUAUCUCAGUGCUUCACAGUUAGUGGAAAUGCUGCUCUGUAGGAACUUAAAGUAACAUUUAAAAUAAAGUGAAUAUCAUGCUAAAGGAAAAAUAUUUAACUUCAUGUGCCUGUUCUCUAUGGUUUGGGCCUUGGUAGAAGACUUUACAGAGUUCUAUGUGUAGACGUGCACUUUGGACAUAAUCCACGUACUAUUGCUGUUUGUGGCUGUGAGGAUGCUGUGAAAUACAGAUAUAAUAUAAUUGUGUCAAUUUGAAACCAGAAGCGAAGGUUGAGAUUACAUUUCAUAUUUUGACUAUCGUCAUUUCACUUCUUUUUUUUACAUUUCAAAAGAUACUUGAAAGUGUUUUUGGGAACAGUAUCAAAAGAGGGAUGCAUGUUGAUCUAUUGCAGCAGUCAGCCCCCUUAGCUGAUCCUGUGUGUGUGUGUGUGUGUGUGUGUGUGUGUGUGUGUGUGUGUGUGUGUGUGUGUGUGUGUGUGUGUGUGCGUGUGCGUGCGUGCGUGUGUGUGUGUGGAAGGAAGGAAGCAGAGAGAUGUUCAACUCUUAUUUAAAUGCGUUGUCAUCAAUCAUAUAAUAUAAAUAUAUCUGAAAGAUGUGUAUGUAAUAUGCCUGAAAUAACACAAUGUGUAGAGAUUUUAAUAAAAAUAUCUGGACUUCA